AUGCAGCGUGCAUUGAGCUCACGGGCGCGGGCUACGGCUCUGUCCUCUGCUGCCUCCCGCUACCGCGCCGGUGCCGGUCUUGGUCAGCAGCUCCGAUUUGCUCACAAGGAGCUCAAGUUUGGCGUCGAGGGUCGUGCUGCUCUCCUGGCUGGUGUUGAAACCUUGGCCAAGGCUGUCGCUACUACUCUGGGACCCAAGGGCCGAAAUGUCCUCAUCGAGUCCAGCUUCGGCUCCCCCAAGAUCACAAAGGAUGGCGUUACCGUUGCCAAGGCCGUCUCUCUAAAGGACAAGUUUGAGAACCUCGGCGCCCGUUUACUCCAGGACGUGGCCUCCAAGACCAACGAUGUCGCUGGUGACGGUACCACGACCGCUACCGUCCUCGCCCGGGCCAUCUUCUCCGAGACGGUAAAGAACGUGGCUGCCGGCUGCAACCCCAUGGAUCUCCGCCGUGGUAUCCAGGCUGCCGUUGACUCUGUUGUUGAGUACCUCCACAAGCACAAGCGCGACAUUACCACCAGCGCCGAGAUCGCCCAGGUCGCCACCAUUUCUGCCAACGGCGACCACCACGUCGGCCAGAUGAUUGCCAAUGCCAUGGAGAAGGUUGGCAAGGAGGGCGUCAUCACCGUCAAGGAGGGCAAGACCAUGCAGGACGAGCUCGAGGUUACCGAGGGCAUGCGCUUCGACCGAGGUUUCGUCUCCCCCUACUUCAUCACCGACACCAAGGCCCAAAAGGUCGAGUUCGAGAACCCCCUGAUUCUCCUCUCCGAGAAGAAGAUCUCUGCUGUCCAGGACAUCAUCCCUGCUCUGGAAAUCUCCACGCAGACCCGCCGCCCUCUUGUCAUCAUUGCCGAGGACAUUGACGGCGAGGCCCUUGCCGUCUGCAUCCUGAACAAGCUCCGUGGCCAGCUCCAGGUUGCCGCUGUCAAGGCUCCCGGCUUUGGCGACAACCGAAAGUCCAUUCUCGGUGACAUUGGUGUCCUGACCAAGGGCACCGUCUUCACCGACGAGCUCGACAUCAAGCUCGAAAAGGCCACCAUUGACAUGCUCGGCUCCACCGGCUCCAUCACCAUCACCAAGGAGGACACCAUCGUCCUCAACGGCGAGGGUUCCAAGGACGCCAUCUCUCAGCGCUGCGAGCAGAUCCGCGGUGUCGCCGCUGACCCCACCACCUCCGAGUACGAGAAGGAGAAGCUCCAGGAGCGUCUUGCCAAGCUCUCUGGCGGCGUCGCUGUCAUCAAGGUUGGUGGCUCCUCCGAGGUCGAGGUCGGCGAGAAGAAGGAUCGAUUUGUCGAUGCCCUCAACGCCACCCGUGCUGCCGUCGAGGAGGGUAUCCUGCCCGGUGGUGGUACUGCCCUGAUCAAGGCCUCUGCCCAGGCUCUGGGAGACGUCAAGGCGGCCAACUUUGACCAGCGGCUCGGCGUCAACAUUGUCAAGAACGCCAUCACCCGCCCUGCCCGCACCAUUAUCGAGAACGCUGGCCUGGAGGGUUCCGUUGUCAUUGGCAAGCUCACCGAUGAGCACGCCGCCGACUUCAACCGGGGCUUUGACAGCGCCAAGGGCGAGUACGUUGACAUGAUUGAGUCCGGUAUCCUCGACCCUCUCAAGGUUGUCCGCACCGGUCUCAUUGACGCCAGCGGUGUUGCUUCCCUGCUGGGCACCACCGAGGUUGCCAUUGUUGAGUCCCCUGAUGAGAAGGGUCCCGCCGGUCCCCCCAUGGGAGGCAUGGGCGGCAUGGGAGGUAUGGGAAUGAUGUAA